AUGACCGACCUCGAGCGCUCGCGCGACCGCGAGACCCUCGAUUUCUCUGACGACAUCUCCGACGACGGCCUGUACCACACACACACAUCAUCGCCACCAUCCCGCCUAACGCGGUUGGCGCGGCCCUUAAUCGACUACGUGCGCAACGAGUGGCAAUCCAGCGGCGCAAAAUACAGCCACCUCUCGCCCUCAUCCGCCUCGGACCGCGCCGACGCCCCUAAAUGGGUGCAGAUGAUAUUGUCGAUCGUUGCGGCCCCGCGUUUCCGACGAUACGUGCUCGUUUACCUUGCUCUGCUGGCGGCUUGCAUACUGGGGUGGCAGUUCUUCCUGUUCCCGCGGUUAAAGGAGAACUCGGCGCUUCUGACGUCGCUUGAUCCAAAGCAGAAGGGGAAAGUUGGUGGGUGGUUUGGCGCGAACGCCGUGCCGCAGUUGGAAGAUAUGAUCCAGUUGGAGAAUCUGGAUAAGGCGCUGCUGCCGGCGAAGGAGGCGAAGAGUGAGAACUCUCUCGAUAGUCUGCGGCGGUUGGUGGUUGUGGGGGAUGUGCAUGGGUGUAAGGAGGAGUUGGAGAAACUCCUCGACAAAGUCUCCUUUGACCAAAAGCGCGACCAUCUGAUCUUCGUCGGUGAUCUCAUCAAUAAAGGCCCCGACAGCCUGGGCGUCGUCGAUAUCGCUCGGGGAUACAACGCCUCCUGCGUCCGCGGCAACCACGAAGACCGCGUCCUCGUACUCCGCCACGAUAUGCUCGAAGCCAAUAUUACCGACGAUUCAUGGGACAUCGCGCACCCGGAGUCCGUCAAGUUCCGCGAGCUCGCCCGCGCGCUGUCCGCCGAGCAGGCAGACUGGCUGGAUGCAUGCCCUGUCGUAUUGAACGUCGGCCCGGUGGCGAAUAUGGGGCAGGUCGUCGUCGUCCAUGGUGGACUUGUACCCGGCGUUGAUCUGGACCAACAGGACCCGUACAGCGUGAUGAAUAUGAAGACGGUUGAUUUGCCGACGCAUAUGCCUAGUAGCUCAGAUGAGAAGGGCAAGAAGUGGACAAAGCUCUUCAACAAGCAUCAAUCCCUCUCAAUGCAGACCAAGAACGGCGUCAUGACAGUGAUCUACGGGCACGACUCUAAAACGGGCUUGUCGAUUCAGGAGUUCACCAAGGGCCUAGACUCCGGCUGCGUGAAGGGCGGCAAGUUGACAGCCUUGGUUAUUUCCGACGGUGGGAAGCAGGAAGUCGUACAGGUGAAGUGCAGUCAAAAUUACGUGAAGGAAGAGAAGAAGGAAAAGAAGGAAGAGAAAGAGAAGAGCACAUAA